AUGCAAAUUAUUAUCAAGACUGUGUCCGGGAGAAAACGUGAUUUCAACUUGGACGAUAAUUUAACAGUAGAUUGCAGUGGAAAAAGGAAUAAGGAUGUUGCCGAUUUGAAAAAGUCGCUGAUGGAAAAGGAAGGAAUCUCUCCGGACCAGUUUCGACUGAUUGUGAAGGGGAAAGUGAUGUAA